CUUUACCUUUCCAACCAAUCCUUUUUCUGACAUAUCUUCUUCCUCACAGAAGGUCCUGACCCCAUCUUUUAUCACCACUUCACCAAAAAUUUUCCUUCUCAGUGAAAAGAGAGAGCAUUGUAGUUCUAGUAUUAAUAGCCAUCUUUGUUGAGAAAUAAAGGGUCACCACUCUUUCUCUCUCUGUAUUUCUGGUUCACUUCUCUUCAAGUAAUGUACUCUACAUCUUCCUUGCUCUAUCUAUCUUUAAAGCUAAACUGAGAGCUGCAAACUGAGCAAUCAAUGGAUUUCAAUCUUGAAAACCCAUUAACAAAUUCUCACGAGCUUCACUUUGACACAACCCCUUCUCUCUUCCACAUUGAAUCUGACCACAUGCCUUCAAAGAACUACUUAAAGACCCUCAAAGAGAUAGACUUUGAUGUCUCUUUUAGAAGAGAAGCCAUCUCUUCUGUCUUACGGGUUUCUUGCAACUUUGAUCCGUCCUUGUCCUAUCUUGCUGUUAAUUACCUCGAUAGGUUCUUAUCGAGCCAAGGAAUUCCUCAACCAAAGCCAUGGGUCUUUAAGCUUCUUGCAGUUGCUUGUGUCUCUCUAGCAGCCAAAAUGAAGGAAGCAGAAUUCUAUAUCACUGAUAUUCAGGGUGAUGGUGGUUUUGUAUUUGACUCUCAAACAAUACAAAAGAUGGAGGUGCUUCUACUUGGGGCUUUAAAUUGGAGGAUGAGAUCAAUCACGCCAUUCUCCUUCAUUUCUUUCUUCAUUUCUUUGUUCAAACCUAAAGAUCCACCAUUGAGGCAGGCUCUUAAAGCUAGAGCUUGUGAAAUCAUCUUCAAAGCUCAAAAUGAUAUCAAUCUUCUGGAGUUCAGGCCAUCAUUAACUGCUGCUUCAGCACUUCUCUAUGCUUGUCAUGAACUUUUUCCUAUGCAGUUUUUAUGCUUUAGAAAAGCCAUAUCCAUCUGCUCAUAUGUAAAUAAGGAAAACUUGUUGGAAUGCUAUAAUGCAAUGCAAGAAACAGCAAUUGAUGGUUACAAGUCACAAUUUGACAUGGUGUCAAGUUCUGAUACGCCAGUCAACGUGCUUGACCGGCAUUUUUCAAGCUCAGAAAGUGAAAACACCAAUGGGACUGUUGUGAUGAUAUCUAGCAAUGGCAGCAACAAAACCUGGCCAGAGAAAGACAUCAAGAGAAGAAAGAUCAGUGCUCUCUGUAAUAAUCAAACGGUUCAGCUUUCAGCUUUCUCAGAUGCAACGACUAUGCUGAUGUGAGGAUCGAGUUUUCUUUUCUUUUCUUUUUUGGUGAAAUAGUUAUCACUGGUCCAUUUGAGUGUGACUCUAGCUGCUACAAAUAACAAGGAUGAAAAUGAAAGAAAAGACAUUGAGAAGAAAAAUGGGAUUAUUAGAGAGUUUGCUGGAGGGAGGUUGAUGUAUUGAAGAGAUUUCAAUCCUAUCGUGCAUGCUGCAUGAACUCACUCGAUGCAACCUAUUAUCCUUAACUAAUUAUAAAAUUAAAAGGGGAAUUUUGAUAUAUUACAGCCAAAAAGGACAGAACUUCACUUUGAA